UGGAUAAGCGGAAGAAGAUGGAUGGAUGGAUGGAUUGAAGUGUACUAAAGUGCGCUCUGUCUCCAUCUGCUGGAACUUUGAGACAACAAGUCUAUCAAAGGCCACGUGACCUCGGAGCUAAAUUUAUCCAGCAGGUCUGAGGUCAGAUUUCAACUGAGGAACAACACGAGGUGAGGAUCGCUAUGCUGGUAAAGAAUCAUUCAUACUACUACUAAUAAAUAUUACAAUUGUCACAACCUUACUAAUGUGCUGCUAUGCUAAGCACUACACACUAAUGCGCUAACUGCUACCUCAAUACCUUAUUUCUAUUAAUCUAAUCAAAGUAUUCUAAACUCAUGAGUUUCUGAGGUUGACGACAUCACUCACCAGCUGGCCUUUGACGAUGGGACCAGACGCUUGAUGACAGGAGCCCGGAGGUCAGGGGUCGUCCUGUACGCUGUGACAUCACAAGGUAGACACUCGUCAUGGCGGCCAUCGUGGUAUGCGGCUCGGUCAGUUCCAUGAAAGCGUUGUGGGAGACCAAGAUCCAGAACGUCCGGGAGACGCGGGAGAAGCAGAGCAGGAAGCAGCGCAGCAGCAGGUUGAGCAUCGGCGUCUGGGAGGAGCGGGAGACUCUGGCUCAGCUCAAACAGAAACUGACGACUGAAGAUGGCCGACUGGUUCUGCGCAUCGAGCACGAGGAGCGGAAGUCGCUGCCGGGCUGCCUGGUCCAGCUGAGUCAGGUGCAGGAGUGGCACAUUCACCGCUGCGGCCUGCAGAAGAUCCCCGGCUUCAUCUCCUCCUUCCAGAACCUUCUGGUCCUGGAUCUGUCUCGGAAUGGGGUCACAGAGAUUCCAAAACAGAUCGGCAGACUGACCCGGCUCAAAGAACUGCUGCUCAGCUACAACCGAGUCCAGUUUGUUCCGGAGGAGCUCGGCAACUGUGAGAGUCUGGAGAGGUUGGAACUGGCGAUGAACCGAGACCUCCACCAGCUUCCGGACCAGUUGAGCAAGCUGAGGUGUCUGCAGCAUCUGGACUUGUCCAUGAACCUCUUCAGCCUGGUGCCGCCGUGCUUGCUCAGCAUGCCGGCGCUGGAGUGGCUCGACAUGGCGGGAAACUGCCUGACCUCCUUACCCGAAGACAUCAACAGGAUGGAGAACCUGCACGCCUUGUGGCUGCAGCGAAACCAGCUGGAGAAACUUCCAGAGAACAUCAGCAGGAUGCCUAGCUUGGACACGCUGGUUCUGAGCAGCAACAGACUUAGUGACAUCCCCCCCAUGAUGGAGGACAUGUCCAACCUCAGGUUUGUCAACUUCCGGGACAAUCCGCUGACGCUGGAAGUCAAUAUAUCCGUGACAACGGCGCCUCAGGAGGAGGAGCAGGAGGACGACGACGACCGCGAGAUGUUUGGGCGAGACUUCAUGCUGUCGUACAUACGUGAGGCCCGGAAGAGAGCGCACGCCGCGCUCAACGUGCACAGAGUCGCCUGCUGA